AUGGAAAGGAGAUAUUAUCGUGAGAGAAACGAUAAGAUAUAUAAAAAAGUAAACAUUGAAGAUAUAUUAAAAUUCAUAAAUAAUGAGGAAUAUGAAAUUAAGGAUAAUAUUUUUCUGAUUCUUUAUGUAUGUAACAAUCUUGAGGAGGGUCAUCUAAGUUAUAUAUAUGACGAUGUACUUAUUUUAUAUCUCAAAUUAUUACCCCUGUUUGAAAAGGAAUUAGUAAAAAAAAUCGAUGAUAUAAAUAUACAACAUAAAAACAAGAAACAUAUUUAUAAUAAUAAUAAUAACUUACAGGAUGAAUAUUUCAUAAGAAUGAAAAGAACAAUUUUGAAAUAUAAUUAUAUUAUUUUACAUUUGACCUAUUUUAUAAGUUUAAAAAAAAAGAAAGAAAAAAAUGAAACCUUAAAAUUGUUCUUGUAUUAUAUACAUAUGUUGACAUUUUUAUCAUUAAAAAAAUAUAUAGAAAUAAGAAAUAUUAUAGAUAUAUAUAACACUCAAAGUGAGAAUAAAAUAAAGGAUAUUAAUUAUAUAAAUAAUAAUAAUUAUAUAAAUAAUAUUAAUUAUAUAAAUAAUAUGUCUAUAUAUAAAAAUAAGAAACAAACGAGUAAUAUACAAAAUUUUUUUAUUAAAAGCCACAAGUCUACAAACACUUAUGAGAAUCAAAAAAAGGUUGAAUUAUUUUAUUUGUCUUAUAUAAAUAUUUUAUUAUCAUUUCUAAUAUAUAUAUAUAAAUAUAAAAUAUGUAACAUUAUAUUAAGUGAGAAAGAAUUUAUUCACAUUUCUAAAUAUACUAUAUAUAUUAUUUUAUUAUUUAAUCAUAUAAAAAAAAGAAAUAUGGACAUAGAAAAAGAUUUUGUAAAUUUUUAUGAUUAUGUAUAUGAAUUAAUAGUUAUUUUCUUAGAUAAAUAUAAUAAUUAUUAUUAUAAUGUAUAUAAAAAAAAUAAUAAUAAUAAUGAGAAAAAAAUAUAUAUUUGUUUGUAUUAUAAAAAUUUCAUAUUCUUUUUAUUCUCUUAUUUAGAGAGAUGUAAGAUUCUGAAAUAUAUAGAGAACUACAUUGUAAGUAAGAAGAAAAAUAUUUUUUAUAACAUGACGUUAUUAAAUAUAAUCAGUAAUACUGUUCAUAUGCAUUUUCUUAAUAAUUCUUUAUACAAUAAGAAGGAGGACGACGAUUAUAUUAAUUUAUUUUUUUUUCAAUUAAAACAUGAACAUAUGAAAGAAAAAAAUAAAGAAACUGAUAAGAUAAGUAUGCAUAAUUUAUGUGACGUCAACACAAUAUCUGAUAGUAUUAAUAUCAAUAAUAUCAAUGAUAUCAAUAAUAAUAAUGAUGAUAAUAUUAUAAAUGUUAAUUAUUUUAAUAUAAAUAAUUUAUUAUUUUUGAAAUUAUUAAAUAUAUGUGAAUUAUUAUUAAUUAAGAAAAGAAAAAAAAAAAAUAUAUAUCAAAAUAAUAUUGAAUAUUAUAAUAUAAAUAAAAAUAGAGAUGAUAUAUAUUUAUCUAUAUACAUAUAUCAAAAUAUUAUUACUAUAACAAAGAAGACAAUUGAAUAUAUGAUGUGUUUUUUUAGAAAUGAAGAAGAUAGAAAUAUAAACAUAUGUAAUAAUAUAUAUAUAUCUUAUAGAUUAUUUUAUUUGUUUGAAUUUUAUUUUAAUAUUAUAGUAUAUAUAUUAAAUCUAAAAUAUAAGAACAUUAAUAUUGAUAAUAAAAAGAGUAGUAAGCUAAAUAUUAUAAAUAAUUGUAAGCAUAAUAAUAAUUUUUAUAUUAAAUAUUUUUUUGAAUAUGCCUUAUAUUAUAUAUAUGAAAUUUAUAUAUUGAUAAUAUUAUUAUUCCGAUGCACACAAAUAUUUGAUGAUAUUCUUAAUCAGAAUAAGGAUAAUAUGUUUGAGUUUUUAAAAAAAAUAAUGUAUAUCUUUAACUUGUUACAUAUUCAUAAUAAAAAGUUGAAUCAAUUUUUAAAAAAUAUUGAUAAUGUUUGUAAUAGAAAAUAUAAUAAUAUAAUGGUUAUCAUAAAAAAUGUGAAUACAUAUAGAACUACUCAAUAUUGUGAAUAUGAAAGAAAUGAUAUAAAUGAAAGAAAUGAUAUAAAUGAUAUAAAUGAAAGAAAUGAUAUAAAUGAUAUAAAUGAUAUAAAUGAUAUAAAUAAAAGUGAUAUGCUUAUAGAUCCAAAAAAAAGAAGUUAUACUGUAGAUAAUAAAAUAUUACAUGAAUAUAAAAAUAACAUUAACAUAUUUUAUAAUAAGGACAGAGGUUUUUAUAUAAACAUAAAUAGUUAUAUUAAAUAUAUAUACAAAUUUUAUAAUGAAAAAAAUAUCGAUUUGUUUUUAAAUUAUAGAAGAACAAAAAGAAUAAGUCCUAUAAAAAUAGAAAAGGAUAAUAAAAUGAAAAUAUGUCCUCUGAAUAAUUACAAUAAUAAAAACAAUAUGAUGAUGAUUAAUAUAAAUAAUUUUAAUGUUAAUUAUUAUUAUAAGAAAAGAAGAAGAGAUGAAUAUUAUAGAAAAAUAUAUUUUCAUUUUAUUAUUAAUUAUAUGUUAAAAAAAUAUAAAGAAAAUAAAAUAUAUAUACCUAAUUGUAAUCAUUGUAAGAAUUUUUUACAGAUAUAUAUUAACAAGUUACAUUAUUUUGGCAAUAACAUAUUUAAUACUAAACAUAUUUUUAAUAAUAAUAUUUAUACAUUUAUUAAAAUGAAUGUUAAUAAAAAAAAAAAAAAUCAAUCAUUAGAACAUUUGAUAACUUCUAAAAAGAGAUUUCUUAUGGGGUCUCGAAGAAGCAUGAAUGAAAGAAUGAGUACUGUUGGAUAUAAUAUUUAUGAAAGAAUAAACAACAACAAAUAUGAUAAUAAUAAUAAUAAUAAUAAUAAUAAUAAUAAUAAUAAUAUAUGUGAUAAUAAUAAUAAAUGUGAUAAUAAUAAUAUUAAAUGUGAUGAUAAUAAAAGUUUCAAUUCACAAUGCAACUUGUAUAACAAAAUAUAUAAUAAUCAAAAUGAUUAUAUGGAACAUGAAAAUAUUUAUUUCAAUUUUUUAUUUAAUCUACAUUAUCUUCAUAAUUUAAAUGAUCAUAUGAAUGAAUAUUUUAUAUUGAAAAAGAAAAGAAAUAAAACAAAAGGAUUUUUUUCUAUAUCUUUAAAUAUAAAAGAACGAUUAUUAGGAAGAAGUAAGAAUAACAAAUGUGAUAAAGAUAAAAAAUAUAAUAAUAUCAAACAAUUGUGUGAUAUUCAUAUGAAUGGUAAUAAUUUAUGUGAUUCUAUCAACAAAGAGAAACAAAAUGUAGAAGGUAUUAGAAAUAUAGAAAAUAUUAAAAGUAUUAAAAAUAUUAAAAGUAUUAAAAGUAUUAAAAGUAUUCAAAAUAUUAAAAGUAUUAAAAAUAUUCAAAAUUGUAAUUUUAAAAAAAUGUCCGAUUCUACUAUAAAAGAUGAAGAUAUUCUUUAUUUCUUAUUUAUUAAUUAUAAUUAUUGUAUAUUAAAUUAUAAAAAUAAUAAAAAAUUAAAACUGUUUCUAUUACAGAUUCUUGAAAUAUUUGAAUCAUUAAUAAGUUAUAUGAAUAUAUAUGAAUAUAUAUGUGCAUUUCUAUUAUUUCUUAUAUCUUAUAUUGAGAGAAGACCAAUAGAAUAUUUGUAUCUCUCAGAAAUUUUUGAUAUUACAUAUGAUGAGGAAUACAUGAGACCAUAUUCGAAGGAAAACCAAAAUAAUAAUAAUAAUAAUAAUAUUAAUUGUAAUAAUAAUGUAAUAAAUCAGUUUAAUCAAUGGGGAAACAAAAAAGAAAUUAUAAAAAAUACAAAAAAUUUAGAGUGUGAUUCAGUUUGUUUUAAUUCUAAUGAGAAUCAUUUAUUAAAAGAUAAUAUAAAAAAAAAAAAGAAAAAAAAAAAAAAAUUGGAAGAAAGUUUAAAUGUGAAUAAUAUAUUAUUUAAUAAUAUCAAAAUAAAUGAAUAUGAUUAUAUAGAAAAAGAAGUAUUACAUUAUAUGUCUUUUAUAAAAGAAACUCGAAAUAAUGAUGAUAAGAAUCACAUUUUGAAUUUACGUUAUAGUAUAUUUUAUAAAAAUAAGAUGAUAAUAAAAAUAUUUUUAGAAAUUAUUGAAAAAAUAAAAUUAUUUUUAUGUUGUAAUGUUUUUGAUUAUUUGUAUGAAAAUAAAAGUAUAUAUGAAAAAUAUAUAAGUUUGCUUUCUUCUUAUUUUUUUAAAUUUUAUUUUGUAUUAAUGCAUGAAGAAAUAUAUUAUAAUAAGAACAAAAAUAAUAAGAAUAAUUGUAGGAUGUAUAAUGAUAUAGAAAGUGAUAUGAACUUUAUAGAUGCUAAUAGAAGGAUUAAGAAAGACUACAAGAAGGAUAAUCAUCAUAAUAAUGAAAAUAUGUGUUCAUUUUAUAAAAGUAUUAUGAUUAUAAAAAAUAAAGUCAUUGAAAUAACUCCUAUAUUGUCAAUAAAAUAUUUAAAUCAAUGUAAUUUGAAUAAUAUAUGCAAGCAUGAUAUAUUGUUUGGUUUGAAGGAUAAAAAUUGUAAGAUAAAUAAUAAAAACAGUAAACAUACAAAUAAUAAUAUUAAUAAUAAUAAUAAUAAUAAUAUUAAUAAUAAUAAUAAUAAUAAUAUUAUUAAUAAUGGUCAUAAUAAUUGUCAUAAUAAUUGUGGAUGCCAUAUCCACUUUGAUUGUUAUAAUAUUUUAAGUGAGGAUAAUUUAAAAAAAUUAUAUAUUUUUAUCAUUUAUUAUAUUGAAGGUAUAAGAAAAAAGGAAAACAUAUUAUAUAGCUUAUAUUUAUUAAUUGAUAAGAAUAUAUAUAGAGAUAAAUAUUUACAUAAACAUAUAAAGAAUUUAAUUAGAUUUAAAAUCUAUACAUAUACAAAUGAAAUGAACAAUUUUGAUGAUUAUGAUAUGAUAUAUUCAACAUAUUUUGUAUUAAUGAAUAUAAUGAAUUAUAAUAAAAUGAUUAGAAAUUAUUUAUAUUAUAUAUUUGAUAAUAUAUGUAAGAUAAAAUUAAAUAUUAUUUUUGACAAGUCUUAUUUAUUUUGUUUUUUAAAAAAUCUAGAAAAAAGUAGUUAUGAUUAUGCUUAUAUGAAAAUAUUAUAUGAUGAAAAAAAUAUUAUAAAAAAUGAAAUAGAUAAGAAAAAAAAUAAAAUGAUAAAAAUUAUUUAUAAAGUUAAUUUAUAUGUAACUAUAAAUUAUUUAUUAUAUUUUAAAAUUCUGAAUUCAUGUAAAUUAUAUUUAUAUUUAUAUUCUUACUUUUAUUAUGAAUUCUAUAUUUAUUCUUUUAAAAAAUAUAUAAAGAAAUAUAAUAUCUAUUUUUAUUUUGACCGUAUCAAAAAAUAUGUUCCUUCCAAUAUUUAUAUUAAAAAUAUUAAAAAUAUAAAAAAUAUAAAAAAUAUAAAAAAUAAAAUAAAAAAAAAUAGUCAAAUGGAAAGGAAUCAUCAAGAUGUUAUAAAUAAAAUGAUUAUAUCGAAGGAUAUUAAAAAUGAGUUAAAGAUGAAGGAGUUAAAGAUGAAGAAUAUGAAAAUGAAGAAAGAAAAAAAAAGCAUACACACUAGUAAUAUAAUCAAUGAUCAUAUAAGUGUUAAUAAUGAAUAUAAUAUACAACAUAAUAAAAAGGUAGUGAAUAAAAAUAUAAAGACAAUAAAUAAAUAUAAAAAGAACUCAACCUUUUUCUUAACCGAAAAUAAUAAUAAAUUGAAUGAAUUUUUUGAUAUAAUACAAAAUAAUAAUUAUAAUAAUAAAAAUAAUGAUAAUCUAGAAAAUAAUGUUAAUUAUAUGAAAAUAUUAAGAAAGGCUAAAGCUAGUAAUACGUAUAUUUAUAAUAUAUAUGAUAUAAAAAUAAAUAAUAAGAUAAUAUAUAAUAAAAAAUAUUUUAAAGAAUAUAUAAAUAUUAUUAAUUUUGUUAUAUGUAUAUUUUUAAGUACUAAUAUUAAUAAUUUAAAUAUGAGUAUUUUAAAUCAUAAUUAUAUUUAUUUUAUAUCAAAAAUUAUUAAAAAAAAUUUCAAAUUUUAUUUUUUCUAUUUUUAUUAUAAUAUAUUUAAAAAUAAACAAAUAUCAAAUAGAUAUAAAAAUAUUUAUAAUAUGAAUUUCGAUGUAAUAUUAAAUAAUAAUCUACAGAAUUAUUUAUCUAUAUCAAAAAUUAAUAUCAAAAAUAAAUAUAUAUAUGUUUUAUAUACACUCUCAUGUAUUUUAUCAGUUUAUAAUUUCCAUUAUUCUUUAUUCAAUUAUUAUUUUUUCUUCUUUUAUAAAUAUAUUAAAAUAUUAUCAAAAUUCUCAGUAAAGUCAGUUACUAUAUGUACCUUUAUGAUUGACACUUGUUUAUCAGCUCCAUUGGAUGUAUUAAAUAAAGAGAAGCAGAAUAUAAAACAGAAUAAAAUAUAUAAAAAUAUUCAUUAUAAGAAUGAUACAUAUAAACAUACAUAUAAUAAUAAAAAGAAUAUGUCUGGAACGCAAAAACUAUAUUUAUUUAAUAAUUAUAAGAAAGACAAAAAAAUAAAGACAAAAAAAACAUAUGAAGAAGAAGGUUUUUGUUGUUGGGAUAUAUUAAUGAUAAAAUAUUAUAUGAGAAAAUAUGUAAGAUUAGAAUUUAUAAAUAUAGAUAAUAUAUUAAGAAAUAAAAUAUUAUCAAAUAUAAAAAUAUUAGAUAUGUAUGUAAAAUAUAUUAAUAAUACAAUAUUAUUAUAUAUAUUUGUUAAUUUUUUAAUAUAUAUAUAUAAAAAUAUGACAAUAAUAAAAAAGAACAAAAAAAGGAAUUUAAAAAAAGAAAGAAAAAUUUUAAAUAUAAUAAAAUAUAAAUUAAAUAUUUUAGAAACAUAUAAAUAUUAUUUAUUGAAAAUUAUUAUUGAUAUAUAUUUAUUAAAUAUAUCUUAUUUAUGUAAUUAUAUAAUCAUAGCCUUAGAAUUCUUUUUUAUUUUUGGAGAUGCUUUAUUUUCUUUAAAUUGUUAUAAUCAUAAUUUAUUGACAGAUGUGAAAUUUUCAUAUAGAAUCCAAUUUCAAUAUUUUAUAAAUAAUUUUUUUAAUAAAUUGCAAAAUGUAAAUACAUUGUAUCAUCUUAAUUUUUAUAAAAGUUCCAAUUUGUAUUUUCAUGAUUAUAAAAAGAACAAAAAAAUCAACAACAAAAACAAUAAUAAUAAUAACAAUAAUAAUAAUAAUAACAAUAAUAAUAAGAAGAACCAUUUUAAUGAUUCAAAAAAUGAAAGAGAAAUGUGUAAAAGUAAUUUUUAUCUCAAAACAGAUAAACAGGAAGAUAUUAUAGAUCAGAAUAAAGAUAUAUCAUCUAACAACAAUAUGAUUCUGUUUGAUGAUAAGAAAAAGAAAGAAAGUAUUUGUUCAAAUAGUUUUGAUCCAUCUAAUUCGUUUUAUUUAGAUAAAUCUAAUAAUACAGAUAAUAAUUUUAAUUUUAAUGAUGAUGAUGAAAUUAGUAAUCCAGAUGAAUAUAUUUAUAAAGAUUCUUUUAUAGAAUUAAAAAGUAUUUUAAAAAAAAAAAUGAAAGAAUAUAUUAUUAAUUAUUAUAAUAAAAGUAUUAAAAAUAUAUAUUAUCUUUUCAUAUGCUUUAAAGAUAUAAAUAAUAUUAUAUUAUUUUUAAAUUUAUAUAUUAAUAAAAAUACAGACUUGAAAGAUAAAUAUAAUAAUAUAUACAUUCAGAGUAUAAAUAAUAUAUAUUUAUAUAAUUGUAAAUUAUUAAAAAUUAAUUAUAAUUUUAUAUGUAUUUUAUAUUUAAGUUUGAUAUAUAUAUAUAAUUAUAUUGGCAACUUUUUCCAUUCUUAUAAUCAUUUUAUUGAUUUGUAUUCAAAAUAUAAAUAUAAUUAUUUUAUGUAUACAAAUAAAAGAAAUAAUUUUUUUAAUUUUUAUAAUAUAUAUACAUAUUUAAAUAGAAGUAAAAAUAUGUUGGAUCCUCACAUGUAUCUGACAAAAAAUAAAAACAACAAUAAUGAUAAUAAUAAUGAUAAUAAUAAUAAUAAUAAUAUGUAUCAUUAUAAUUAUAUGUAUCAUUAUAAUAACAAUAUUGGUUGUAGUAGUUUAUAUGAUCAAGUUAGAAACAUAUGUAUUAGACACAUUUAUGAUUUUAAUAAAAUAUUAUUACAGAAGAGUUUUUUAUUCCUUUCUUUCUUUUUCUAUAAUUAUAAAAAUAUACUUCCAGAUAUAUAUUGUUAUAAUUGCAUACAUAAAUAUUGUACAGGUCCUCAAGAUGAGAGAGAUUCUUUAAAUGUUGAUACUUCCAAAAUUUAUGAAGACAACAGAGGAGAUAAGAAAAAAAUGAGAUUCAAAAAAAAAAAGUCAAUAAAUAAUAAUAUGAUAAUACAUAUAAAUGAUAAUAAAGAAAAUAAUAUUACAUCAACGUCAUUAAAAAUGUUUGAGAAUCAUGAAUCUAAAAAGAAUAUUGAACAUAAUAAUAUGAGGCAUACAGAUCAAUUAUCAUCAAAUAAUUGUUACAUUGUAGAUGCUAAUAAAAUCCAGAUGAAUAAAAGUUCAAAUAAUCUUUUAUCAUAUUUUAAAAGAAAAAUGAAUAUAUUUAAAAAAAAAAAUAAAAAUGAUUUAAGUAAUACACUCAAUAGUAGUUGUCAUAUAAUACAUGAUGAUAAUAGAAAUGUCGAUGAUUCUUCAUAUAGGAUAUUAAAAAAAACACACAAAGAAAAACAAAAGAAAAAAGAAUAUGAAAUGAAAGAAUAUGAAAUGAAAGAAUAUGAAAUGAAAGAUUAUGAUAAAAUCGAUUCGCAUGAUAUAGAUAAUAGUAUGAAGAAAAAAGAAAAAAAGAAAAAAAAAAAAAAAAUCGAAAAAGAUGAUAAUACAAUUACUGUUAUAAAAAAAAGUGUAGAUUUAUUUGUAGAUAGUAGUAGACAUAGCAAUGAUGAUAUAAUUAAAAAGAAGAAGAACAAAAAAACUUUUAAUAGAAAAAAGAAAAAGAAGAAGAAGAAAAAAAAAAAAAGAACAACAGAACAUACAAAAGAAGAAAGAGAUAUAGAAUAUGAUAGUGAUAAAGAAGAAGAUUUUUCUUUAUUUAAAGAUAAGGAAGGAGAUAUGGUUUUAAUAAAUGCAUAUAAAUAUAUGUUAAAUUAUAAAAAGAAAAAUAAAAAAAGAAUAUAUGAUUAUAAUUUAAAAGAAUAUUUAAAUUGUAUGUGUAUUAAUAAAUAUAUAUAUAUUUGUAAUUUAAUAUAUAAUUGUUUAAUAUAUAUAUUACAAAUAAAAUAUACAUAUAAUAAAAAAAAGAAAAAAAAAAAAAUUACUUUAUUUUCAUCUAUUGGUGGAUUCCAAAAAAUUAAAAAAUCAUUUUCUUUAUCAACUGAUGGUAUUAAUAAAAAUUAUAUUGUUAUUAAUACAAAACAUUUAUUAAAUUUAGAUUUUGUAAUUCUAAAUAUUUUAAGUUUAAUAGAAAAUAUAUAUAUUAAUCUAUAUAAGAGUAAAUUAUUUACAGAUAUGUGUAUAUUUAAUAAUAUCAAAUAUAUAUGCUUAGAAAAUAAAGAAUUAAAAAAAAAGGAUAAAGACUUAAAUCAAAAGAAAACCAAAAAAAUUAAACAAGUUUAUGUAAGACAUGAAAAAAAAAAAAAAAUUAUUAAUGACAAUGAAGAAAAAAUAUCUCAUGGUUAUUAUGAAAGUGAUUUAGAUUAUUAUUUAUCAGAUGCUUUAUAUUCAUCAGGAAGUGUGUAUAAUAUACCUUUAUAUAAUAGAAGAGAGACCAAAAAAUAUGUAAAGGAUUUUAAAAAUUAUGAUAAUAAAAAUAAAAAUGAUGAUAAUUAUAAUAAAAAUGAUGAUAAUUAUAAUAAAAGUGAUGAUGAUUAUAAUAAAAGUGAUGAUAAUUAUAAUAAAAGUGAUGAUAAUAAAAGUUAUGAUAAUUAUAAUAAAAAUGAUGAUAACAUUAAAUUAAUGUUGUCAAAUUAUAAUUUAAAAAAAUAUAAUAAAUAUACAGACAAGAAUCAUCAUGAUGAUAAUAAAUAUGAACAGUUUUCAAACACAUCCAAUAUAAAACAUAAAAAUUAUUCUACAUUUAUUCAUUGUGAAAAAAAUAAAGAACAUACAAGACGUAGUAGUUUAAUGAAUGAAUAUUAUAUUCCAAAAAAAAAAAAAAAAAAAGGAUACAAAUUUUCAGUAAAUGUAAAGGCUAUUUCAAUUAAUGACAAGAGGAAUGAGAAAAUUUUGAAUAUCCAUCCUAAUAAUCAGAACGAAGAAUUUGAUAAUUUAUUAUCAAAUAAAAAAAUAAAAAAAAAAAAUAAUAAGAUAAUUAAAAAAAGCAAAAAGAAAAAAACGUUAAAUGAUAUAUCGUUAAUAAAUUUUGAGAAUUAUAAAAUAUUAAGAGAUAAUUAUAAAAACAAACUUAAUAAAAAAUUAAAGAAGAAAAAAAAAGAAUUGUAUUAUUAUAAAAAUAUAUAUUAUAAUGUAAAUAAAAAAAAAAGUAUUUAUAAUAAAAAAAGUAGAUGGAACAAAUUUGUAUCAAAUAUUUUAUUUUUUAGACAUAAAAAAAAAAAUAAUCGUCAAAAUAAUAAGAGUGGUACUAUUAACAAUAAUAAUAAUAAAAUAAUAAAUUACAACAAGAAUAAUAAGAAGAACAGAAAUAAUAAUUUAGAUAAUUAUAAGAAGAACACAUUAAAUGAAAAUAUACGUAUUAAUAAUUUAUUUGUUAAAUACAAAUCGAAAACCAUGAAAAAUAAAAAUAUAAACAAAUUAUUAAAACUCGAUACAGACAAAGAAGAAAGUAUAGAAAGAAUAAAACAUUUAUUUAUAACAUUUAAUUAUAAUAAAGAAAAGAAAAUUAAUAAUUAUAUACAUAAUAUAUUUACAUAUACUUCAUUAUAUUCAAAUUUUAAUAUUUGUCCAAAAAAAAAUAUAGAUAUAUUAAAUUAUCAUAUAAAAGUAAGAAGAAGUUUAUUAAAAUUAUUAUAUUCAAUAUAUUAUAGACAUAAUUUAUCAGUAAUAUAUAAAAUAUAUAAAAAGAUAGAAUAUAUAUAUACAUAUUUAAAUAUAUCUUUUUAUAAUAAUUUAUAUGAAUUCGAUAUGAAAGAUAUAAAUAAUAAUAUUGAUAUAUAUUCAUUAUUUCUUAUAAUUAAAUAUUUAAAAUAUCAUAUAUAUAGUAAUGAGAAUUUAUUUAAUACAUUUAUUGUAAAUAUUAUAAAUUAUAUAAAUACAAAUAUUCAUAAAUUUACUAAUUUUUUAUGUAUGUAUGAUUAUUCAGAUUUAUUAAAUAUACUUAAUCAUUAUAUUAUAAAUAUUGAUAUAAAUAAUAAAUUGACAUUUAAUAAAUAUAAUUUAUAUCUAUUAAGGAAAAAUAAAAUAACAUAUGUGCCUAUAUCAAAUAUAUUAUUUUUGCAUUGUAAUCAAUUCCGUUUAAAUGAUAUAAUAAAAAUUUUAUAUAGUCAUCCUCAAUAUACUCUAUUUUUAAAGAGUAUAGCAAUAAAUAAUUUAUUAUAUUUAUAUAAGAAAAAUACUAUAACAAAUACUAUGUAUUUACAACUAUUUGAAUAUUUAAAAGUGGAUUUAGGGAAUAGAAUAUUUUUCUUUAUAAUUUUCUUUUCAUUUCAUUCUUUUCAGUUUUUAUAUCAGUUUUUUAUGAACAUGCAAAGUUAUAUAAGAAAUGAAUAUAUUGGAAAAAAUGAAUUAUUUUAUUUUAAUAGUCAUAAUAAUUUAAAAAAAACACAAACAGAAAAUAAAAAUAUUCUAUAUAAAUAUCAACAAACAGAAGACAAAUCAUUAGAAUUAACUUUAAAUAUAAAUCAUGAUAAUAAUAAAGAAAAUAAUAUUUUAUGUAUAUCUGAAAAUAAUAGGAUGGAUGAUAUAUUAUUUAAGAAUCAAUUAUUUGUUAAAAAAACAAACAUUUUUAAAGAAUUCUUACUUUUUUUCAUGGGUAAGAAAAAUAAUUUAUUAUUAUUAAAUGAUUAUAAAGAUAAGAAAAAUAUUAACAGAAACAAUAAUAAUAAUAAUAAUAAUAAUAAUAAUUAUAAUAAUAAUUAUAACAAUAAUAAUAUGAAUAUUAAUAAUUUCAUUUUUUAUAAAUAUCAAGGCUAUGUAAAAAAAACACAUGUCUUAUCAUUAAAAUGUUCACUUAUUAAAAAAUUAUUCUUAGAAAAUUUACAUGAUAAAUAUAAAAAUAUGUUAUUUGAAUCUUGUUUUUUUCAUAAUACAAUAUUCUGUAUAAGUCAACAAGCAUCAAAACUUAAUAAAGAUAUACAAAUGGAUUAUGUCAAAAUGGAAAUUCAAAACUUAAUAAAUAAUACUAAUAUUCAUAAAUUAAAAUUAUUAACAAAUAAUAAUAUGGUUAAAGAUAUUUCAGAUAAUAUCAGAAUAUUAAUGUCUGCUACACGUUCUCCUCUUUUUUUAACAUUCAAAACGAUUUCUCCUAAUUUAAAUCAAUUAUUAUAUGUCCAUCCUUUUGUUCGAAAUAAUAACAUAAAUACAAAUUUUAAUAAUACUGAUCAAAUAAAUAUGUAUAUGACGAAUAGUCAAUUGAAUAGCCAACAUAAUGACAAACAAAUUGUAAAUAAUUUGUCAUUUAUUAAUACUCAAGAAUUUACUCAAACAAAUCAAUAUAUAAAUGAUAUAAAAUGUAAUUCGUGUUCAAAUGGUAUAAAUAUGGAUGAAAAUGAGGGAAAUAUAAUAAAUGAAGGGAAUAAAAAUGAAGGGAAUAAAAAUGAAGGAGAUAUAAUAAAUGAAGGGAAUAAAAAUGAAGGAGAUAUAAUAAAUAACCUGAAUAAUAAUAAAGUACAUAUAAUAAAUGACCUGAAUAAUAACAAAGUACAUAUAAUAAAUAACCUGAAUAAUAACAAAGUACAUAUAAUAAAUAACCUGAACUGUUCAGGUAAAAUAAUGGAAGCAAAUAAAAUGAAUGAAAAAGACGGCAAAAAUGAAGAAAUGGGAAAAAUGUUUGAAGAUAUAUCAUAUAUAUAUAAAGUAAAUGAUGAUGUAAGACAAGAUAAAUUGGUACUUAAUAAUGAUGAUAAGAGGAAGUUUUCUUUUUCUUUUAGUUUGUUUAAGAAAAAGAAGCAAGAUAAAAAUAUUUAUAAUAAAGAGAAAAAUAAUAUUGUCCCAAAUGUUAAUAUUAACAAUGAUGAUAAGAUUAUUAUUAAUAAUAAUAAUAAUAAUAAUAAUGAUGAUGGGGAGGAGGAUAUUAUUCCGAAUGAUACUUUGUUAAGUGCUGAAAACAGUAAUAUUCAUAAAAAUGAAAAUCAAAUUGUUAAAUAUUAUGAAAAUGAGGACUCAGUUACUGAACAGGAAUUUAAUGGACAUUCAAGAAAUAUGCAUAUAUCAAAUAUAAAGAAAAAAAAAAAGAAAAAAAAUAAAUUUGAAAACUUUGGUGCAGUUAUUGAAGUUUUAACAAAUACAAAAAGUAGACAUGAUAUAGGAAAGAAAUAUCAAAAUAUAAUAAAAUUUUAUCAUUUGAAAUAUUCUAAUAUUAAUGUAUAUAUAUAUGCAUUGAAGAAUUUUAUUAGUUCGCUAGCUGCAUAUUCUUUGCUCUCUUUUAUUUUACAAGUAAAGGAUAGGCAUAAUGGAAAUUUAUUAUUUGACGAAAAUGGAAAUAUAAUACACAUUGACUUUGGAUAUAUAUUAAAUAUAUACCCAGGUAUAUCAAUUAAUUUUGAACUUGCCCCAUUUAAAUUAACAAGAGAAAUGAUUAUGCUUUUAACAAUAAAAAGUCAGAAAAAACAGUAUUUUAUUUUUUCCUACAUUCAAUUAGUAGUCAAAGGAUAUUUAUUAUUAAGAGAAAAGAGCGACUGGUUAAUUUCAUCCAUUUUGAGUUUGUCACAUUCAGAUAUAAACUGCUUUAAAUAUAACACAGUUGAAAAGUUGAGGAAACGUCUAAAAUUAAAUAAAAAUGACAACGAUGCGAGUAUAUUUAUGAUAAAUAAAAUUCAUCAAGCAUACAAUAACAUAACAACAAUUUUAUAUGACUACAUUCAGAAUAUUCAACAAGGCAUUCAAUGA